AAAGUCAAAACUGCGUCCGUGGUUGAAGGGAAGGCAGAGAUUUCCGUUUUCCCCGCUGCCACAACUUUAUCCCUGCGCAACAUUUAUUUGAUGUUCUCACUCAGCCAGAUCAGCCCAGUUUAAUCUGAUCUCAGCAGACAGACAACCAUGUUUUUGUCAAUAGUUCUGCUGUGGAUCUCCAUUUGCUUCAUCCUCCUUCUACUUAAAUCUCAGAGACCCAAGAAUUUCCCACCUGGACCCCCAGCCUGGCCCGUCUUGGGGAACCUUUUUCAUCUUACUUCAGAGGAUCCUGUGAAGAACUUGGAGAAGCUGAGACAGUCGUACGGAAACGUGUACAGUCUGUUCCUCGGUUCCAAACCUGCUGUAGUCAUCAACGGGCUAAAGGCGAUGAAGGAGGCGAUGGUGACCAAAGCUGCCGACUUCGCUGGAAGACCUCAAGACUUGUUAAUUAAUGAGCUGACGCGGAGCAAAGGUGUGAUUCUGGUCGAUUACGGCUCAACCUGGAGGAAGAAUCGCCAUUUUGAUCUGAUGACUUUGAAAAUCUUUGGUCUUGGAAAGAAAUCAAUGGAGGACCGGAUUCAUGAAGAGCUGCAGCACACCGUAAAAAUCCUGGACCAGAGCACUGGUGAAACUCUGAGUCCUCAGGUUAUGUUUCAUAACGUCGCCUCCAACGUCAUCUGUAAGGUUCUGUUUGGUACGCGUUAUGAGUACGAUGAUGAAAGCAUCAAAGUGAUGAUUCAGCGCUUCAUUGAGUUGACUAAAUUAAUCAACGGACCGUGGGCCAUGGUGUAUGACUCUCUUCCUUUCAUUCAUCCUGUGAUGCUGCCCAAAAUGAAAGGGAUCAGGAUUGUACAGGCUUUUCUGAGUUUUGCAGUCAGCCGGGUGAACGAACACAAGACGAGCAGAAUCCCUGGAAAACAACGAGAUUUUAUUGACUGUUAUCUGGAUGAGCUGGAUAAGAAGAACGACGAGUCAUCGUUUUCAGAGGAACAACUCGUCAGACAGCUGUUUGAUCUUUACCUUGCUGGAACCGACACCACCGCCAACACGCUCCUCACAGCGUUCCUCUACCUGAUGAAUCACCCUCAAAUACAAGAGCGAUGCCAGCAGGAAAUCGAUCAGGUGUUAGAAGGAAAGGAUCGGGUCACCUUUGAGGACAGACACAACAUGCCUUACAUGCAGGCUGUGAUCCAUGAAGUCCAGAGAGUCGCCAACAGCGUUCCUCUCAGCAUCUACCACUGCACAACUAAAGACACAGAACUGAUGGGAUACUCCAUUCCCAAGGGAACGUUGAUCAUCCAGAACAUGAUCUCUGUGCUGAAGGAGGAGGGUCAGUGGAAGUUCCCUCAUGACUUCAACCCCGAGAACUUCCUGGACAAGGCGGGGGAGUUUGUCAAACCAGAGGCCUUCAUGCCUUUCUCUGCAGGUCCUCGGAUGUGCCUCGGAGAGGGUCUGGCUCGUAUGGAGCUCUUCCUCAUCACGGUGACUCUGCUGAGAAAGUAUAAGUUCAUCUGGCCAGAGGAGGCUGGAGAACCAGACUACACGAGAGUCUUUGGGGGAACUUCAACUCCAAAACCUUUUAACAUGAAGAUCCUGUUGAGGUCCUUGUAGGUCUCGGAUCUUCUUCAGAAUCAAAUAACAGCAACAAAUGGAUCAUUUUAAAUAGUCAUUAUUUUCAGAUCUAACGCGUGUCAAAUGAAACACAAUGAAAGACAUGCAGAUGAAUUUCACAGUGUGUGAUGAUGACUGUGCGACUUUAAAGACCCCGCUCACUGAGAAACCAUUUUUACUUUUUUGUGGUUUGAUCGACCGAUAGAAAACGGACGGGGAAACACUCGGAUAAGAAAAGCCUGUCAGACUUGCAUCACACUGAUAAUUAUCAAUCAUGGACUCACCCAUCUUGGCUCGAGAUGGAGAAGUUGCGUUGCUGUUAGCCAAUCAGAGGCAACAUAUAAAAUAUUAUAAUAAUGAGUAAAACGCCAAAACCUGCCAUUUUCUGUCUUCCUCUCGUCCAACUAAAUGUCACUUCCUGAGAUGGAGCAAAAGAGCUUUUGAUAAGCAGUGGUGGUCAAAUGAAGCUUCAAAACCAACGGGGCUUUUCAGCACAUUGCUUCACCAACAGAUUCAUACUCAAAGCUCCAUUUAGUACGUCAUCUACUCAGCCUUAUGUAGCGACAUCUGCUGGUGGAGUUCAACAUGGCAGCCAAGUCAUCCUAAUAAACACGCCAAGCAUGUACAAUAAAUAAAUGGAUCGAAUGUU